CUGGUUUUUACAUCCUGCCACAAAAGAGCUCCACGACGCGCACUGCCUCAGUUAGUUUAGUAUUAGUGGCAAGGUUUUUUUUUCUCCCAUAACGUAUACUUUGUUGAUUUUCUGGAUAAGAUUGCUGUUUUAAGUCUGCUCGUUGAAAAAGUAUGUAAUUUAUAUGUCUGACGUCAUCGCCCCUGUUGCAGCUGUCUUCUUCCCCUACAUCGGAGGGUUCCCCUCAGGUUCCAUCACCAGAACCCACAUGCGAUGGUACGAGAGUUUGAAGAAGCCUCCAUGGUGUCCCCCCAAUAACUUCUUCUCCCCCGUUUGGAUGGUGCUCUACGGAAGUAUGGGCUACGCUUCCUACCUGACGUGGCGUGACGGACGGGGGUUCGACGGGGCUGCCCUACCCCUGGCUCUCUACAGCACCCAGCUGGCCUUAAACUGGGCAUGGACUCCGAUCUUCUUCUCAGCACGAAGCAUCAAAUGGGCUCUGAUAGAUAUGGUGUGUCUUUGGGGUGCCAUCGCUGGAACCACCUACCUGUUCCACGGCAUCAAUCAAACAGCUUCCUACCUUAUGCUGCCUUACCUGGGAUGGGUCUCAUUUGCAUCUGCCCUCGUUUUCAAUAUUUGGAGAAAUAACCCGGACACGACAAAAAUAAAAGAAUAAUUUAAUCGCAUUUUAUUGUUAUAAUAAUAUAUUUUUUUCUUAUAAUUUCUCUUAUACAAAGUAUGAGUGAAUUAUUUUAAACGUGAAACAAAAAUCGAAAUCUAGAUUUUGACAAAUCUCGACGUUCUAUACCUAUCUGAUUGGGAAAAACACGGUUUUGCAAUUUUUUUCCGUGAGUGUGUUUAAACAUUACAAGUGUGAACCGUUAAAGUUAGUGCAUGAAAUUUCAUGUAUUAAUAUUAUAUCCUAUACGAAGGUUUCCUUCGACCUUCGGGCGAUUUCCGAUAAACGGAAGUAGUAAUUACUCUAUUUCCGUUUUCUCAAAAACUUUGGAAUUUGAUAAUGUUAAACUAAUUUCUCAUAAAGUAACAAAUUUCAACAUUUAACAGAGCUUACUCUCUGCUUUAUGAAUUUGCUCUUGAUCUCUCAUGCAAUGAAAAUAAAUUACUUCCUGAAUUUUGUGUCCAAUUUAUAUUCAGAGAAGAUUGUAUUCUUCAACCGAAUAAUUAACGAAAGUACUUCCAUAUUUGUUUACUUUGAUGCAAAUGAUUAAAUGAUGAACCCUGUUCACGCCGUUGAAAAAUAAAGUUGUUUACAUUUCUUUCAUCCGCGAGUUAACCUUCCUGAUAUUUUUGUUCUGUUUUUAAUGCAUUAAUUAUGUAUGUUAUAAAUGUUUUGUAUAUUGAGACAAAUGAAUGGCUUUGAUAUACUGGCAGUUUUACCUUGAUUGUACUUGCUUACUUUAAUUUUCUAUCAUUUAUGUCAGUAUCUGAUUUUGUUGUACUCUAGUUUAAAUUCAUUUCUAAUCUUUUACUUCGUACAUGAGCAGAUACAAUGACGUCUGUAGUUAUCGAAAAUUUAUGUUUUUAAAUACGCAAUAAAC